AUGGGCGAACGAGUCGAGCGUUGCAGCGGGCCGGUCCAGACGAGCGCCGUCUACUUGCUCGGGACCUCUGUCUUCCCGGCAGUUCCACCGCCCUCGCCGCCUUCCCCUGUGACGCCGGGGAACGAGGAAGACCUUUGCAGCCCGAUUGAGGACCUAUCGCUCGAUACCGUCGACAGCGUUACCAUCACAUCCCCUGUCGCGGUUGCGGCCUCAGCAUCUGCUGCCCCUUCGUCCCCCAACAAUACGACGGCCGCGGGCGUGCACGACGACACCGCUCUCUCAUCACCGCCGGCCACAGCGCCAGCCUCGGCAACAGACUCGCCCAAGUUGUCUCCUUGUGUCCUGUCGCCAAGUGUCUCCUCCACCUGCCUGAGCGUCACUACGGCUGCGACCUCGCCGGUAGCCCCGUCGUCCGCAUCUGCUUCUGUGUCCGGCAAGGCACCAGCAUCGUCGGCCACUGCACGCCUGGCCGGCGCCGUGCACGUCCUUUCCACAGAGGCAACCGCCCUGCAGUCUGUUGCCCAGCUGUACGCCACAUCGCCGGCGGCACAGGACGGCUUCCACCAGGCUGUUGAGGCCAUUGUGCGCACACAGACCUCGCAGCCACCAGGGAAGCUGGUGGUCGUCGGCGUCGGCAAGUCGGGCCACAUUGGCAAGAAGCUGGUGGCCACGUUCAACAGUCUCGCUGUGCCGGCCUCCUUCUUGCAUCCGACCGAGGCGUUGCAUGGCGACCUCGGACACAUCCGGCCACACGACGCCCUUCUGUUCAUCACCUACUCGGGUAAGACACAGGAGCUCGUCACCCUCCUUCCGCACAUCGAUCCCGCCCUGCCGCUGAUCAUCUUGACAUCCCACGUCACCGCCGAGACCUGCGAGCUAGUCCGCCACCGCAACACCCUGCAGUCCGGUGCCAGAGCCAGCGGCAACUUCCCCGGCAGUGGCUCUCCUGCUGCGGCCGCCAUCCUGCUGCCGGCGCCCAUUCCUGUCGAGGAGAAGGUGUCCUUUGGCGUGGCCGCGCCCACCGCCAGCACGACCACGGCAUUGGCUGUCGGCGAUGCGUUGGCGAUUGUCACGAGCACGGAAUUGCACCCGUCGACAGAGUCUGUGUUUCGCCGCAACCACCCGGGCGGUGCCAUAGGUGCCGCCUUUCAGCAUCCGGAUGCCGCCGCCAAUUCUCACCUACAACAACAGCAGCAAAAACAACAACAAAACGACACCAUCCGCAACCUGGCCGUACCGUGGCGGGACAUUCCCAUUGUGCACUCCCAGCCCGACUGCGCCGACGUGCUGCGCGCCGGCUACAGCUCGGCCAAUGGCUGGGUGCGUGUGGUGACGACGGCCGGCACGAACAGCGACGACAGCAACCUCGAGAGCAUUGCCCCGCCGAGCCGCAUCCGGGCCCUGCGGUCCGCCGACCUGGCCCGCCCUGUGCACGAGGUGCCCGGCCUUGUCAUUGGCCGGCCUGAUUUUGUUGCUGUGGCCGCUGACACAAAGGUGCGCAAGGCCGCGGAGUGGCUGCGGGCCGUUGCCGAUGCGAGUGCCAGCGAGGAAGGCGUGGCAGCCGCCGAUGCUGUCGUCGCCGUCAUUGACAAUGGUGAAGUCGCUGGCGUUCUGGAGCUCCAGGACCUGCUCAAAGCGUACGACGAUGUGCGUGCAUGA